AUGAACCGCCGCUACCUUGCCAAACAACAUGGGAAUCGGGCCAAACUCGCGAAGAAUUUCAACAAUACAGCUGGCUACCUCGGCAGCGAUGUGCGGGUGCGGCACCUCACGAAAAGCAAGCAGAAAGUUCUCAAAGCCCCAACCACUAGACACGGAAUGGAUUGUGACCGCGAGUAA